AUGGCUGCCGCGAAACAGGUCAACAUUGCCAUCAUUGGCGCUGGCGGGGUAGGAAAGUGCUUCCUCGGCCAGCUCGAGACGCUCGCCCAGCGCAGACCCAGCCCCAAGCUCGUCCUCACCUACAUCAGCACCAGCAAGAAGGCUAUCUACAACUCGGACUAUGCCGCUAUCGCCAUCAACGAUGUCUCCUCCAAGCUCGCCUCCUCCUCCCAGGCUCCCCUCGCCCCUCCCAAGUUGAUCGAGUACCUCAAGUCCUCCGGCUCCAAGACCGUCCUCGUCGACAACACCAGUUCCCAAGACGUCGCCGACGCCUACCCACUCUUCCUUGGCAAUGGCAUCAGCAUCGUCACUCCCAACAAGAAGGCCUUCUCUGGCUCCUACGAGCUUUGGCAGGAGAUCUUCAGCGCUGCCGAGCAGUCUGGCGCCAAGGUCUACCACGAGUCCUCCGUCGGUGCCGGUCUCCCCGUCAUCUCGACCCUCAACGACCUUGUCAACACCGGUGACGAGGUCACCAAGAUCGAGGGCGUCUUCAGCGGCACCAUGUCCUUCCUCUUCAACUCUUUCGCCCCCACUCCGGCAAGGGCGGCCAAUGGUCCGCCGAGGUCAGGAAGGCCAAGGAGCUCGGUUGAGUCUCCCACCUCGUUCCCCGUCCAGAGCUUGAUCCCCAAGGAGCUCGAGUCUGUUGCCACCGGUGAUGAGUUCCUCGAGAAGCUCCCCGCCUUUGACUCUCAGAUGGAGGAGACAAAGGCGGCGGCUGAGAAGGAGGGCAAGGUGGUUCGGUUUGUGGGCAGCAUCGACGUCGCCUCAAAGCAGGUCAAGGUUGGACUCGAGAAGUUCGAUCUCUCCCACCCCAUUGCGGCGCUGAAGGGCAGCGAUAACAUCAUUAGCUUCUAUACUAAGCGGUACGGAAGCAACCCCUUGAUCAUCCAGGGCGCGGGCGCCGGUGGUGAAGUCACGGCCAUGGGCGUCACCAGCGACCUCAUCAAGGUGCUCUCUCAGGUCGCUUGA